UGGUCCGUCUGCGACGGUGUUCGACUGCGAGUGUGUCGGCAUCGGCAUCUGUCUGUCUUGAUUGACGUCGCACCGUCUCGUCCCUUGCCGGACGUGUACCAGCGUGCAGGGUGCAUAUACUAACGUACUAAGUUACGUACGUGUCCCUGUACGUUGGUUCGUCCUCCCUCACGAUGCCUAUGCCAUGUUCGCGGCGCCUGGGGAGCUUGCCUGCGUCGUGGUGGAAUGUGUCUCGAGGUCUCAUGACCGACCCUGCCCACUCGGCGCGCUAAUAAAUAACGGGCGUCUGUUUAACUAUUAGGUUCACUUGCACCGGGCGGCGGCGGCGGCGGCGGCGGCGGCGACGACGAACAAAGCAAAGGGUCGCGCGCUCUCCCGAUUGCGUCGGGGGCAAGGCGAGGUAGCGCAGCAAGCACGCCUGUCCAAUUCUCGGCCGAUGAUCAAUUGUUGGUCAAUUGGCUGCAGCGUGUUGCCUGGGCCAGGCUCAACCGCGCGCGCACACACGCCUUGGACGUUGUUGGCACGUUGAGCGGCGACAUGCUGCGAAUUACCUCGUCCAUUUAGUACCGCGCGGGCUACUAACGUUAGUAUCCGGAAACGUGAGUCGCAUUGCCGCCUCCCGUCUGGUCUCGCACUACGCACGCCACCCCUCCCUCCAUCGACUUCGACUGGCGUUGGGAUGCCGCAGCCCUGACCUGCAGAUGCUGGAACGGCUUUUGUGGCAGCCACGAAUGCGCUUACACCACGAUCUGGCGCCAGUCAACCCAUCAACGACGCCUUUCCCAGGUUGGUUGAACUGGAUCUGGGAUCUCGUCUUCGUGUAGUGCUGUACAGUGUUCUCAGCAGGUACAGUGCCAUACUACGUUUUCGCCAAUUCAUCUGUGCGGACAUGCUGGGAUCGAUGCUCUCGAGAUUCAUGGCCUGGCUUGGCUGACUGACCCCUGCCCUCUUGAUCUGAUCACGAGAACUUGCUGCUACCAGAAUCGACACACUUCAUCACGAGCGACGCUGGACAGCCCCCCAUUAGCUCUUGUGCACAGCCAUGGUAGCAGCAACUACCACGCCAUAUCGGUCCAUUUCCGCGAGGCUCACCUCGCAUCUUGAAUGAAUCUAGCCAGGUCAGUUAGUUGGUCAUGUGCACCUCCAGCGGAGCCGUCAACUCCCUUCCUUCGCAGGAUCCACUACAUCUGACAUCAUUUGUACCAUGUCCGCGCGUGGCCUUUUGACGACUCUCAUCUAGUAGGCUUCGUGGCCACGUUGUGGUUCAAGGCUCUGUCUUUUCAGCAAGUGUUAUAAGCGGCGAGGCCGACGUUCACCCAGUCGUCCGCCAAUGCGGCCGAUACAGCCGCCUAUGGGAGACGUUCGCAGUUGCUCCUUGUUCACUUUACCAACCACGACCCAACUAGAGACCCCGGUCUGAAAAGGAAUCGUGGCCGCUUCCUUCAUCUACUCAGCCCUGUCGGAAACAAGCAUGAGCUACUGAGCACCAUCGCCGCGAUCAGAUAGCUUUCUUGCUGUCAUGCGAAUAUGCUCCGACGUAACCACACGGACUCGGGCUAUCCUCGUACUCUUGCCAGUAUCAGUGGCCAAGACGUCCGCCAAAUGUCGGUUUCUUGGCUCGAGACGUGAAGCCGGAACUUUCAGCAGAAGAAGCAUCCCGAGCGCCGCCGGCUGACACGUCGAUGUAUUAUGGACCGGCUCGGAUCCCAGCAACGUCUCCAGCUCUUGGUCAAGCGAUAUCAUCUCACACCUGUAUGAAACCCACACGUUUUGUUGGAUCGCUAGGUACAGAAAAUGCCAUGCCGAGGCCCAUAGCCAGACAUGCGAAUGCAUUCCCAGGUACAUGCGCCUCGUCGGCCAGUCAUGCCAUGAGCGCGGGUCAAGGCGAACCCAGCGAACCAAGGCACUGCUAUGAGUGGUUUUCUUUCUGUGCUGGUCUGCCGACGAGAUUGGACCGUGGUCAUGCGUCAUAUGUGACGAUUUGACGCAAACUUUUGAUGCCCAUGCAACACUACUCUUCAUCGUGGACCUAUGGCAACCAGUCGGGACCCUGACAUUAGCUUCAUGCUCCCGGCUACAGUCAGCCGGAUCGCUAUCGGGUACAUGCGCGAAUUCGAACGCUUCCUUGUUGCCAUCUGAGGCAGCAGGCUCGAUGUAUGCUUCGUCCUAGCCCAAACAACCCUCGAUUUAAUGCAAGCCAGCAGCUAGAUUACAAGCAUGGGGACAAUCCCCAGAACCCGACUCGGAGCUACACCCUCCAUUUCACGGGCGAGGCGCCAAAAGAGAGCAGAGUCAUUUGCCUUUGCUGUUUGCCCGAGGGCUCAUUCCGGACUUACUUUCGAAUGGCCAUCUCCCCUCCCCCCUCCUCCCUUCUGACGAGCCCUGUCCCCAUUCUGCCGCCGAGCGGCUGUGGUCUCGUGCGACAACAUAUUCUGUCUGGGGGGGGGGGUCGCAGGACGAAUCCCAUUGUGUGACGCAGCACAGUCUAGGGUGGCGAUCCCUGUGUGCAGCAAUCUUGCAAGCACGAGGGAGGACAAAGGGGCCGGAAACGAUAGAGCAAGGCGGGACGCCCAGUCUUGGUACCAGACCCCCAUAUCCACUGCUGCUGCUGUCGACUUGGUGAGUUCGAAAACGAUUCUUAUAAAUCAUCACCUAUAACACAUAGAUGUCUGAGAUAGUGCGUUGCCGCAUACGGAGACAGGCGCCUUAGGGUUGACUGAUUUCAGGCAUGACAUGUUGAGAGCCCCAUAUCAACUCGCACCAACGUUCCCUUACCUAUAGAGAGAGGAGGUGGGGGACCUCGAGGCAGAUCACCUCACCUUUGGGCGCUUCUAUAUUAUCGACGUACGCUGUAUAACUUCAUGACCUGACGCGGCCCAGCGAGAACAGAAUGGCGCCUGCUCCUGAGUUGCUUUCUCCCCGAGAUGCUCGGUAUCCCGAUCGUCGCGCCGACCCUUGCUAGACCUACCUGCUUUGUAUACUGUACUUGGCAAGGAGACAGUCCACUGCUUCAUUCACAUGUUGGAUAGACGAACGUUUGCCCAAGAUGCAAGUUCGCGCAGCCAUCGCUUCCCCUUUUCAUGCUCCUUCUCCUUCCCCUUCUC